UUCAAGGGUGAAGCUGGACCAACAGGAGCACGAGGCCCUGAAGGACCCCAAGGAUCAAGAGGGGAAACUGGAUCACAAGGACCAGCUGGUUCAUCAGGCCUUUCUGGUGCCCCAGGAACUGAUGGCACGGGUGGUGCUAAAGGACCUACUGGUGGUCCUGGUGUUGCAGGUUCUCCUGGCCUUAUAGGACCACCUGGAUCUCCUGGACCUCAAGGAAGUACUGGAGCACCUGGUAUUCGUGGCUCAGCGGGUGAUCCCGGUGUACCUGGAUUUAAAGGUGAAGCUGGUCCCAAAGGUGAACCUGGUCCCCAUGGUCCACAAGGCCCAACUGGUCCACAAGGAGAAGAAGGUAAAAGAGGUCCCCGUGGAGACCCAGGAUCUAUCGGGCCACUAGGCCCAGUUGGAGAAAGGGGUGCACCAGGUAAUCGAGGUUUCCCUGGAUCAGAUGGUUUACCUGGACCUAAGGGAGCUCAAGGUGAACGUGGAGUUGCUGGAGUCUCAGGACCUAAAGGGGCUUCUGGAGAUCCUGGUCGUCUUGGAGAGCCGGGACUUCCUGGUGCCAGAGGUCUGACUGGAAAUCCAGGAGUCCAAGGUCCAGAAGGAAAACCAGGUCCAGUGGGAGCUCCUGGAGAAGAUGGUCGUCCAGGUCCUCCUGGUCCAAUUGGAAUUCGUGGUGAAACUGGUACCAUGGGGCCUGCGGGUCCAAAAGGCAAUAGUGGAGAUCCUGGAAAACCAGGCGAACAAGGCAGUGCAGGAGUUCCUGGACAAAGGGGAGCUCCUGGAAAAGAUGGUGAAGUUGGCCCCUCUGGUCCUGCUGGCCCACCUGGACCUGCAGGUGAAAGAGGUGAACAAGGGCCACCAGGUCCUACAGGAUUCCAGGGAUUACCAGGUCCACCAGGUCCUCCUGGAGAGACUGGGAAGCCAGGUGAUGAGGGAGUUCCUGGAGAUUCUGGAGCUGCAGGACCUCUUGGACCAAGAGGAGAGCGUGGUAAUCCUGGUGAAAGAGGAGAACCAGGUGCUUCAGGACUUCAAGGUGAAAAGGGCAUGGCUGGAGGACAUGGACCUGAUGGACCAAAGGGAAGUCCAGGUCCAACUGGGGCAGGUGGAGAUGUUGGACCACCUGGUCUACAAGGUAUGCCUGGAGAAAGAGGGAUAGCUGGAACACCAGGCCCAAAAGGUGACAGAGGAGGUAUUGGAGAAAAGGGUUCUGAAGGUACAGCUGGCAAUGAUGGAGCAAGAGGUCUUCCUGGUCCACUUGGACCAUCUGGUUCUGCGGGUCCAGCAGGUGAAAAGGGUGAGCCUGGUCCCAGAGGUGUGAUGGGUCCAGUUGGGUCACGUGGAACUCCUGGUUCUCGAGGAGAAAAUGGUCCCACUGGUCCUGUUGGUUUUGCUGGUCCGCCGGGACCUGAUGGACAACCUGGAGUGAAAGGAGAACCUGGAGAGCCUGGUCAAAAAGGGGAUGCUGGAUCUCCUGGUCCUCAAGGUCUUUCUGGAUCUCCUGGUCCGCCUGGACCUCAUGGUGUGCCCGGACUUAAGGGUGGUAGAGGAACCCAAGGACCCCCGGGAGCAACAGGAUUUCCUGGCUCAGCUGGCAGAGUUGGACCUCCUGGGUCUGCUGGAGCUGUGGGCCUUCCAGGCCCUAUUGGUGAUCCUGGCAAGGAAGGUCCACCAGGUAUUCGUGGUGAGCCUGGUUCACAUGGUAGAAUUGGAGACAGAGGUCCUGCUGGCCCCACUGGAAGUCCUGGUGAUAAAGGAGACCCUGGAGAUGAUGGACAGCCAGGUCCUGAUGGUCCACCAGGUCCAUCUGGAACAACAGGUCAAAGGGGUAUAGUUGGCAUGCCUGGUCAAAGAGGAGAAAGAGGAAUGCCAGGACUUCCAGGUCCAGCUGGAUCCCCUGGAAAACUUGGUCCUACUGGUUCUGCUGGAGAGAAAGGCCCAUCUGGUCCCAUUGGUCUUCCAGGUGCUAAUGGUCCUGUUGGAGAGCCUGGUGCAGAGGGUCCUCCUGGUAACGAUGGUGCCCCUGGACGUGAUGGAGCUCUUGGAAAACGUGGGGAUCGUGGUGAUCCAGGACCUGAGGGCUUAGCUGGAUCUCAAGGUGCUCCAGGAACACCAGGACCCAUAGGUGCACCAGGAGAAGCUGGGCCAAGAGGUGAAACAGGAUCCCGUGGUCCCAUGGGUCCUCCAGGUAGAGCUGGAAAACGAGGCUUUCCCGGGCCACAAGGACCACGUGGAGACAAAGGAGACAAUGGUGAACGUGGAGAAAGAGGGCAAAAGGGACACAGAGGUUUUACUGGUUUGCAAGGUCUUCCAGGUCCACCGGGUCCUAUUGGAGAACAAGGUGCUUCUGGUCUUCCUGGACCGUUUGGCCCCAGAGGCCCACCUGGUCCAACUGGGCCUCCAGGUAAAGAUGGUAAUCAAGGAUCAAGUGGACCAAUUGGACCACCAGGACCAAGAGGGACUGUUGGUGAAGCUGGACCAGAGGGUCCCCCUGGUGAUGCUGGUCCACCAGGUCCACCUGGCCCCCCAGGCCUUUUAACAGCUGCCAUAGAUGAUCUAAUAGGUGGCUAUGAUGAUACUGUACCAGAUCCUCUUCCAGAAUUCACUGAGGAUGAAGCAGCAGGGGAUGGUAAAAAGAAUGAUCCAGGUGUUCAAGCAACUCUAAAAUCACUAAGCAGCCAAAUAGAGACAAUGCGUAGACCUGAUGGCUCUAAGAAGAAUCCAGCACGUACAUGUGAUGAUCUGAAACAAUGUCAUUCUUCAAAGAAAAGUGGAGAGUACUGGAUAGAUCCAAAUCAAGGCUGCUCUGAAGAUGCCAUCAAAGUUUAUUGUAAUAUGGAAUCAGGGGAAACGUGUAUAUCAGCAAAUCCUGCCAAAAUACCUAUUAAGACCUGGUGGACUGGUAAAGGUGGAGAUAAUUUCAAGCCCAUAUGGUAUGGUGUGGAUAUGAAUAAAGGGGCACAGUUCGUCUAUGGAGAAAACGAUUCACCGAAUACUGCUGUCACACAAAUGACCUUUUUGCGUCUUCUGUCAAAAGAGGCUUCACAAAAUAUUACGUACUAUUGUAAAAAUACAAUUGGAUAUUUGGAUGAGAAAAAUCAGAAUCUAAAGAGAGCUGUUAUUCUUAAAGGUGCUAAUGAUCUUGAUAUUAGAGCAGAAGGGAACAGCCGUUUCAGAUACACAGUUUUGGAAGACACUUGUUCGAAACGCAAUGGAAAUGUAGGCAAGACUGUAUUCGAAUACAGAACACAAAAUGUGAAACGCCUACCUAUUAUCGAUAUUGCCCCUGUGGACAUUGGCGGAACAGAUCAAGAGUUUGGAGUAGACAUUGGGCCAGUUUGCUUUUUGUAA